GACGUUCCAUUUCUUCCAUUUUCCCCCAAUGAGCAUUGCAAACCGCCAUCAGUUGUUCGGGGGUGUUGUUGGAAGCGGUGAUUUGCAAGCCGUAUCACCCGUGGCAUACACGCCCAUCUCAUACGCAACUUUACCCACAUCCUGGCUUUGUGAAAUGUGACUGGAAGGCUCAGCGUGUAUUUAGCUCCUUCGAUGGUACGCUGAGAUGCAUUCCAAACACAGAUGCUUGCAACAAUUGAAAGAAUAAGUCCAACGCUGCCAACGCAGACCACAAAUAAAGUGAAUUUUUGGGAUAAAUCGACUGAGCUGCGAUCAAUUCAAACAUCGGGACUCGCCGAAGCCUCAUUCCAGGACAUCAUCUUCAAAAACAUCGUCACGCUCAUCAUGGAAUACGGAGACGUCCAAGUCGUUGAUCCAGGCGCUUAUUGUGUGACUCCCUGCGACGAAGUGGAUAUUUCUUUCAAGUCGGCCCCAUUUGAAGGAGUUAACGACCCACCACCUUCGUUUGGGUUCAGCUCUGAGCCCCUGUACGAAGCACACGAAGAUUUCUCAGAAUCUACGCCGUCUGAGGCGACGCUGGAUACUGCUACCAAUACAGUGGAGGACUCUGUGUGCGGUGCAGCGGAAUCCUUGGCUGGAGACCCUAUCUAUAUAGGCGUGGUUGAAGAUCGAGAUCAGCCCUCGAAUAGCCGGGCCGAUGAUGAUGAUGAUGAUCUCGAGCUGACUGAUGACGAAUUGGAUGCCCCAGAGGAGAAGGAUUCCGCCGAACCGGAGGAGGAAGGCCCACCAGCACCAUUGCCUCUCCCUCAAGAGCAUAUUUAUAUUCAAGACCCUCGCCAACCCCUCUUACUUCGCGAUUUCCAUGUACUUAAAACCCUUGGUAAGAACUGGCACGUUUGGCAAGGUCCUACUUGUCUGCCUUCAUGCUGACUCCCCCCAUCACCGCCCUGACACCGUACAACACUUCGCGAUGAAAAUCUUACGCAAAGCAGACGUUGUAAGGCUUAGACAAGUCAAGCAUGUGGUG